AUGGCUCAGAAAGCAGCCAAAUCCCUGGCGACCCGCAAUGGUGCCGUCCUCAGUCGUACUCACCUCAUCUCUGCUGCAUUGCAUCUGCUCUUCCUCCUUCUGCACUUUGUCUUCCAGCGGCCGCGUUCACUGAAGCCAUACUUCUUCCUGGCUGUCCCAACCCUUGCCAUUGAAUACUAUUUGGACCGAAUGGGUCGGCCCCGCUAUAACGAAGAUGGCUCCCUGCGCUCCGCCGGCGAGGAUCUCAACGCAACUGGCCUGACGGAGUAUAUGUGGGAUGUGCUUUACUGGACCCAGGGAUGCAUUGUUGCUGUCUGCCUCUUCAAUGACCGGGCCUGGUGGUUAUGGACUGUGAUCCCGUUAUACUCUGUGUACGCUGCCUACACCACGAUAAUGGGUGUGAAGAAGGGAUUUGCUGGAAUGGGUGGUGGUGAUGCCGGUCAAGGGGGCGAUGCCCCAAAGAGCAAGACGCAGCUGAAGAAAGAAAAGAGAGGCCCCACUAUGAAGUAUAGGUGA